AUGGCUGACAGCGAUCCCACGUUUUCCACGAUAUCCCUAGGCUUUCAGCUAGCGAAUUGUGCUGCAAAUGCCACAGCGAAUAUGGUAGUCGCGGCGGUGAUUAUCUUUGGAAAGGAGCUGCGGAGAGAAAAAACCUUGACAUUGCUGUCUUUCUACUGCUUCAGCGACGGUUUAUAUGCGUAUGGCGCCUUUUAUCUAGCAUUGCGGUGCUUUCAGGCGACUCUCUGGCCAGACGUCUUCACCAUGGUUCCGGUGCAAAACUGUUUGCUAAACCCGCUUCACCUCUUCAUUGUUUAUGCCUACACGGCCGUGCCGCUCGCCGAAUUGGCCCUAACGGUUGAUCGUGCGAUCGCCAUCUUUUUCCCAACGAAGUAUCUUCGUCUGGAUGCCCGCGCAUCAUUGUGGACGAUCUCAGGUAUCGUUGCCUUUUCCUUUAUUCUGGUCGCUUAUUGCAUCGUCGAUUCGUGGCGUGACCCGGGUCUGAUGGUGCACUUUGGCUGCUACCCAGAAGUGUAUUCCUCCCUUUUUAAUGAACUAAUGUUCGGCGGGAAGGCAACAUUGUAUUGCAUAUGCUGCCUGGCCUAUUUGCCGAUCAUCAUUCGCCUCAUGUGGCUGAGCGGAACCCACAAGAAAUGCACCUGCCGUAAUUGUCAACUAAAGAAGUCUUGCGUAUAUAUGGGGUUUUUAAUCCUGGGCUUAUUGGUGCUGGUGAUUAUCCCGACACCACUCCUACUUAUUUUCAAGCACAGUCAGGCAGUCGAGUUGCUUUUCUACAACAUGGCCUUGUCGAAACCGUGGUUAAACGUCAUUUUUGCAUUGAUUUCAUUUCGACAGCUCCGGAACGUCUUUUCACAGUCCCUAGGGAAGCUGAAAAACAAAGGUCCGCUUGUUUCGCGUGUAGGCCCACCCAGAAUGGAGAAUAUUGGAGGAGAUGAUGAACCCAAAAGCACUCGGCAACAAUCCGUG